AUGUGCGCAUUGCGCGGGGUACCGCUGAGUUUUGAUGUCGGACUCAAACCGUCCACUAUCAAGCGGUCCGUGGAUGGUUUCAGAGCUGACCCGUCCCACCGGGGACAUGUCGGCCAAAGGCUUGACGUCGCUAGUUCGCGGAUGCCAGGAUAUGGAAAAUUGAUUCUGUACCGAACCAAUGUGACAGUCAAUGAGGGACAGGACCCUCAGUUCUCAUGGACCCAUACGCAGACCGACACGAAUAGUUUUAAUGAUUUCUUGCGCUUUGCAUCAAACGUUCCGAAUCUAGCAGAUGAGGACAGGGCUCUCAUUGUGUCUCUCCUAGAGCGAGCCCAGCGAGAUCCCCCUGGAUUGAGCGAGCCACAGUAUGUGAUGCGCUGUGUUGGCUCUAAUUCCACCCCAAACCGCACCGAAAGGUCAGCCAUUUUCCUCCGUCUUCCUUACUAUUCAACCCAAAAAAUGGAUGCAGCCCAAUCCUUUCGAAAGUCUGCCUAUUCUACGCGCAGCCUCCUGCAGUAUUUUUACGACUUGGAGUCUACCCGGCAUCGUGACCUGCAACAAGUAGUUCGAAAAUCGGGAGUCUUUCCAAAGGGCCAUGUUGUUCAUGUCUCUGAAUUAUGGGCAGUGAUCGUCAAUUUUCAAUUCAUUAUAACUAGUGCACCGAUACCACUGAUGGAUAGUGCAAGUCCCUCUUUGGAGAUCAUGAGCCCGCCGACAUCCCAGUCAUCACCUCCUUCCAAUAUUUGUGUCAUCAAUACCGACAAGCGUGUGUUCUUCUUUCCCGUUGAGCUCUGCAAGACGUUCUUUGAAAUGAGAGAUAGGAUUUUCAGAUACUGUCUAGCGGAGGGCCAAGGCCGCAAUGAUGACAACCGCGGGCAUGGAUUCUCCUGGGAUUUUAACAUGUUUACCCAAGACGAUGUUCUGAUCAAAGCAGAGGAUUGGGCCAAACUGACAGCCUCGAGCACAUCGACGCUUCUUCGCAUUCGUAUUGAGACUUUCGUACCGGACACCGCAGAGGAGCGCAGAGGUAAAGAUAAAAAAGGAAAGAGGUUCAUGUUCGAAGAUGACAGGGAAAAAGAGGAGAUGGAGAGAAUGUUCGAUGCGGCAUCUCCUAAAUCAGAGCGAAGUAGACAGAGCCUACCGGAAACAGAUAGACAGGAUCAAUCUGCGCAAAAUCUUGAUUCAUCCGAGACAGGUCAACAGGGUGAGUCUGAGAGAAAUCGUGAUUUGCCCGAGACAGAUGAAGAUGAACGGGGUCCGAACGAGACGGAAGAACCCACCGAGGAUUACAAAUCUGACUGGAACGGCGGGUAUUUUGGUAAGGCUCACUAUACCGGAGCAAGGCAUCGCUUGCAGCGGCGCACCAGUGAUGAGCAUUUCUUCUAUUCCGCGGGCAUUGUGGUCAACCAAACACCUCGUGACAAAAUCCCUGCUCCUUCGAAUAUUUACUUUGAACCAACCAAACCCACCCUCUCUUGGGAUAAGGAGUCUGUUGAUCAAGAUAUUCUUCCCAGGGCGGCAGAUUUGGAAGACCGGAGUGAUCAUAGUCAUCGUUCCAAGACAUCUAAAUCCUUACCCGGAAGUUCGUCUGCCUCCCAGACCUCUUCCCAUGCUCAUCCACCCACUAUCAACUUGGAAUUCCCUCCAGUCUUUACCUGGCGGACAAAGACAACCUCCUUGGUGGAAGAAAGCCUGACCUCAAAGCCAAACAGCCCUCUCGAUAACCCUAGGUCGGAUCAUCUAAAGUCGAAGGUUCAGUCUCCAAAUAACCCACCUGAGGUUUUGAGCGUGGACGAAGAAACAAUGAAGAACCUCUUCGCAGAUAUCAAUAAUGAGCUGCUUGAUCCUACCACUGGAGAUAGUUCGUCAAUCUAUAAACAAGCGACGGAAAAGUCAUACUUUGAUAUGGACCGGGCUAUCACGCAGAGAUAUACCGUUUCUCUUCCCACAUUGAUCGCGGAGCAUGCUGAGAUUGUCCCUGACUUACCCUCGCCGGAAAUGGUACCCUUGAGAAACAUUGUCAGUAGGCUAUGUCGACUGUUCAACUUCUUUGCCCCGCUUUCAUACCCAUGUACUGUCAGCGACAAGUUCUGGGGGGCGGUUCAUGAUCUUCUCACCAUCAUCCCCCAGUAUUGGGACACAUCCUACCCGCAAGAGCUAGCCAAUCAAGCAGGUCAUCAACGGAUGUCGAAGACCUUCCUUAUAGCCAACCUCGGCCGUACUGAAUACUACGACCUCCCUGAAGACGACAAGCUAGAUGAAUUGACCUUCAUCGUGAGUGAAUGCGAAAAAUGCAUGGCAUCCCAUCAAUACUCCACUCGGUCAGAUGCCCUCGAUCAUCUCCUUACGCACGUUUCCGUGAUUUUCCCCGAACAACGCUCGUUAAGCAGCUCGCAAUCACAGUGGGUGGUGGAUUUUGAAGGUUAUCUGACACACAUUUGUCGGGGGGAUGACCGAGUCAUAAUUAAAGAACUGGUAGACUUUUUGGAAAGUUUGGAGAAGAUGGCAGCUCAGAUCCAGCACGGAGUGUCAGCCAAUGGGGAGUUUGACCGGAACACAUACUUCAUCCCGAAGAAUUUGGUUGGUGCCUUCCAGGAUCUCCUGAUGCUAGUCGUGACCAGCGCACAUCUCGUGAAGACCUAUCACAAGAGGCGAGAAAUUUACACAGGUUCCGACCCGUUGCCGACCUUCUCGAUGCCCUCAGACUUAGAUGUGACGGAUGUUGGGGUAGAGGCAGAGAUGUCUAUGGAGAAAGCCAUAACAGACAUUAUCAUGAUGACCUAUACCGACGAGGUAUCCGAUGUUGUCACCUACGAAGCCGUGGGUCCCGCAUUGGUCCUCGCUAUUAUCAUGGGGGACAUCCGCUGCAGAGACUCGCAAAGCAACCAGGUCAACUUAAUCGAGAUCUAUCGUGAACACAUCCGCAACCUGGUCGGUAUCCCUUUCUUGGUCCCUGUUAUUACUCUCAACUUUACUAAUUUAUCUCUAUCUUCUCAGCAAUUCAAAGCGAGUCAAAAUCCCCAGCGACGUCUACUGCAGGAAAUCUAUCUCGUCCGUGAGGAGCUAGAAAUAAUCCAGAAGGCUUCCGAGAGACAGCAGCUCGUUCUCACAAACUACCUAAGCGUCAUAGACCCACACUCUUUCACCAUCACCACCGAGUCCCGGGUCUCGUCAUUUGAGCUCGAGAAAAAGCGGUUACACAAGCUCAUCCGCCAGCUUAAUGCCGAGCUUAGAGAAAUCUCACACCUCAACGUAAAGCUUGACUCCUUGGCCAACCAGACGCUCAGUGGGGUAGACGUGCAACAAGAAGACCAAGGAAAAGCUGUCCUUGUCUUUACCAUCAUGACGGUGGUGUUUACGCCGUUAUCAUUUGUGACCAGCUAUCUCGGCAUGAACACCGCUGACAUCCGCGACAUGAACAGCUCGCAGACGCUGUUUUGGGCCAUCUCUGCUCCGCUGACAGUUGGGAUUAUUACAAUCGUCUUGUUUGUUGCGUUUCAGGUAGAUCGGAUUCGAGAGGCUUUCGAUGCUUUUUGGACGUAUGAUUCUACAUUUGCGGCUAAAUCUGGCUCGGCUGCUUUGUGCGGGAAAGGGUCGAGGAAUCGCAUUGAAGGGCCCUCGAGAUUUUCAACGCCGAAGAAUUGGGUUACGCGUGGCUGGCCUGUGGGGAGGAAGGCUGAGCUGGACGACUCAAUAGGGGUUUAG